AUAGUUCUCAAUGCGCGUGCACAUGCGCGUAAUGUUUAUUUUUAGAUUUUUUUUUUCUAUAAUUACCAUAAUUUCAAGGUAUUUUUUUCUUCACUGGAGAUAUAUUUGUUUCUCAAAAAUGAACUCAAAUGGGAGACUCAAAAAAAAAAUUCGGUUCAUAUAUUUUAUAUAAAAUUUUUAAACAAACAAAAAUGACCGUCGUUUAUUUUCUAACAAAAAAGAGGUCACUUUCAUACAGUCUCAAAAAUAAAAUCCCAAAUUGACCAUCAAUAGCUCAUGCAAUACGAUAUCAAUCAGUCAACAACAAUUUAAUAUUAAUAAUUAUUAUAUCCUUUUAUUUGUCCAAUAAAUUUUUGAAUUUAUUGCAAAUAGAGUAUUGCCACCUUGUGUUAAAAUUCAAAACUAAGAGGCACACACAUUCUCAGUGACACUCAGUGAUUCUCAGUUCGAGCUGUCAGCUGUCAUCCUUAUGUACUUAAUUAUUAAUAUCGUAAUUAAUUAACUUAACAAAUAUAAACAAUAUAAUAAAACCUCAUUUCUAAAAUUAACAACAAUAUAUUUCAAGAUUAAGAUCAAGUGUUUUAAUUUUUAUGUGUAAUAGUUAAAAUAUAUAUUGUCUUGUUUGAUAACAAAAAAUAUUUUUAAUCGUCAUCAACAAAUAGUUUCUUAAAUUAUUAAUUUAUAAAUAUAUAUAUUAAUUGAUGUUUUUUUUUGGUGAUUAAUAUGACCGUGAUCUAGUUUUAUUGUUAAAAAUAAACUUAUUUUUCUCUUAAAAAAAAAAACAAGUCGAUUAUAAUUGAACAAGGACAAAAAAGUUCAGGUUUUCUCAUAUUGAUAUUGUUCACAAGUUGUUGUUUGACACAAAAGAGUGUAUUCAAUCAUCGAUUAUUUAACUAUCCCACACAAAUACUUGUAUUAUAAUAAUUGCAUUUAUUUUUACAUAAAACAAAAUAUAAAUAAAUGAAAGCUAUUCAAGUAUUUAGUGUCUUGGACAUUUUUUAAUUUUUUUUAUUUAUUCAUUUGACGUUGAGGAUAAUAAAAACAACGUCAUCAAUGGUGAAAAAGCAGAAAAAAUUGCGUGAUGGAAGCAAUAAGGCUAAAUUACAACAGGCUAUUUGUCGAAGAUCAAGAAUAUGUACUGCAGAAAAAAAUCGUAUACUUCGUUCAAAAGCACUGAAAAUGUUGUCACAAAAACAAGCUGAAGGUGAUGGUGGGUGUGAAGGAAAUGAGGAUGGAUCAGUAACACCAAGUGGUAUAUCAAAUGGUGAAGGAUCUAAGGAAUUUUUAUCGACUGGUAGAACUGGAAGGAGAAAUGCUAUGCCAGAUAUUUUAGGACGAAAUGCCAAGACUGGAACAGCUGAUUUAUCAACACGUCUUGAGGCACUUACCACUGAUUCCGAGCAAGAUCAAGCUGGUCCAAGUGGAGAAUCAACACCUCGACAAUAGAUUAAUCAAUAAUCU